AUGCAUUUUCAUUUAGAAAAAUCUACUGUAACUGUUCCACCGGCAAAGACACCAACUAGACCAUCAACAAUAUCGAACAAUAUUAGACGAGCAACAAUCUCCUUGGUAACUCCAUCAACUGAAUCAAGUUCCUCAGCUGCAUCAACUUCAUCAUUCAUUAAUACUUCAUUUAUUUCAACUAAACCGACGAUGAUAAGGCCAAUCACCACUACAAAUGCACCAACAAAUAUUAUUUAUCAUAGUGGUCGUAUACACGUCAAUUAA